UCUGUUUUAUAUUUUUCCAGGACAAGGAAAAGGUUUCCAAGUUUGUUAGAUGGGCUACUUUAAUUGCUUUGCAGCCAAAGAUUGAAAAUAUCCACGGGCUGGAAAAUUUUGCUUGCAUUGUGAGACUGCAAGCUGAGGAAGAAACAGAUGAUUCUCUGAUAUCAAUGCUUGUUCGCUGGCUUGCUGCAUCAGUGAUUGUUGGAAAGCUUUCCCCUAGAUUCAGUAAUUCGGACUUGUGUCAUUCCUUUGACAGAUCUAAGCUCAAUAAUCUGCUUUCUCUGAUGGAAUGGAAUGAGCAAAGAUGUGAGGAAACCAACAGGGCAUUUGCAUGUGAAGGAACUUUGGCCUCAUCCAUCUUUUUUCUGCAACAGCUACAAUGCACAAACUAUAUAGUACUUCCAUCUGUUGUUUCUGCACUCUGUCUGCUGCUUUUAUCUAGUCUUUCCUCAGCAGAAUCAGACAUCUUAGCUGGCGAUGCAGUACAGUGGGCAACCCUCUGCUCAAAGAUUAAUUGCCCUGCUGAAGCUAAUCCUGCCUGGAGAUGGUCAUUUUACCAACCAUGGAAAGAUCAUUCUUCUGAGCUCACUGAUGCAGAAAAGUUGGAAGAAAAUCAGGCUUGCGAAAUGCUUCUUGUUGUAAUUUCAAAGUUGCUAGAAAGAAAUUCAUUAUACUCGCAGUUCUUUUCCUUCCAAGAUUUAGAGAAGUUGUGCGUCUUUGACUGGGAGAGAACUCUUCCUGAGGUCCAUCAACAUGGUUCACCAAGUCCACAUGAAGUUCAAUGAUGGGCCUGUGAGAAGCAGAUUUGAACAAAUCCGAAUUUUAACCCUGACACCCUAUGGUGUUGAGAAUUACAGUGGUGAGUUUUAUCAGUAUUCAUACGGAUUUGAGUUUAAUGGUGUGAUGUUGGAUCCAUAUGCAUAGUUUCCAUUCAAAUCCCUAUGGCUUUGAGCGUAUCUCAGCAACCAUUAAUGAGAUCCUCUGGACAAAAGACGUGCCAUAGCUGACAAGAAAAAAGCUUGGAGGAAGAAGCGCAAGUAUGAACUUGGCCUCAAGUAACAAGACAGUCAAACAAGUUUGCGUGUAUGGUGGCAAAAUGAAGUGGAGGGCACUGAGCUUGGAUUCUGGAGUACUUGAGAGCACAAGGUUGUUGCCACUGAGCUUGGAACGAAGCUGCAAAUACCGCUGGAGUUUGGGCUUAAAAGUGCUAAUCUUUCUGUUUUUGGACCUUUCUUGUCCAUUAGAUACUUCAAAAUGCAAUGUAAUUACUUGCUGAAGCCAUGAUAUGCUAAGUUUACUUGCUUGCCAUAGGGAUGAGAAGAGGAUAUUCACUUUACAGUCACCCUUGUGGGGUUAAAACUUCCUGUGGUAUUCAAUUUUCUUAGUGAUAUGUGGAGUUAUGAUCAUGUGGAAUUUUGUCUGACUGCUGAAGACAUUCAAGAGUUUAAUAUGUGGAUACAUUGAUGAAAACAUCAAAAGCGUUUUUAAUGUUCUAUUAACACCUUCAGGGGCGCAAGACAAUCUGGAGGACGGAGCAAUUAUUGUAAAAGAAUCAAAGAUUAUGAUGCAGAUGAUGUUGGUCUCUAGAGUUUGGACAAUUUUAUCAUCUAUUAGAUGACCUCGAAGUUAUCUUUGAUCCUCAAAUUCUCGGCUAUGAUUGUUAGUUGAUGGCAUUGCAGGAGUUGCACAAUGGCAAGUUUAACCCCAAUUUCAAGGAUCAUUAUACAAAAGUGGCUUUUAAAGAUAUUAAAAAAGGCUUUGAGAAUGAGUUUGUUUUAUAAAGGAAGCUUGUCUAUCCUUGGUCCUGUAUUUCUUUGUUUCAGGACCAAUUCCUAUGUUUGUUAUACAGUACCCUCUGCUACAGCUUUUAGACUCUCAUGUCCAACUUACUCAGGAACAU